UUUGUGAAUAUCCCCAGAACGGAAAAACAGGAAAAUUCGGCAGAAAAACGGGAAAAAGGAACGGAAAAACUGUAAAAAUAAACACUUGCACCCCGUGGACGCAUGCAGAGCAUGAAAAGAGACUAGCAUUUGCUGGUGCAACGCGGAAAAAGCCAGAAAUCAAAAACUGUCAUGGUGACUAAAAAUCGUUUGUAUAUAUUGUAGUGUUUGUAUUGAGGCGUCUACCAGCAAAAAAAUAUAUAUUAAAUCCAGAAAAAGAUAUCAAGUGUGCGAGUUUUCACGCAAUACAUGCGAUAAGAAUAGAAAUCAAACUAGCUAAAAUUUGUGUAAAUGUGUACUUGAGACAAGUAGAAUAAAAAGAAAAAAUUACAUGUACUUUUAAAUUGUUGGAAUAUUGUGUACUAUUGUGAAAAUCUAUCUAAAUGUUUGGAGGAAAUGGUUGAAACCUCCUCACCCAAACCAACAUCCAAAGUUGCUGAUAAUCACAAAGCAAAUCCGCCAUAUAAAGUAAAACUAGUGAAAGGCGCUAAUCCGUUGGUUCAUCACAAAUUCUACUUGGACGUGGAGAGACACAACGUCGCGAAUAAAAUCGAAAAUCAAAUCAAAGAGCUUGGUGGAUCGGUCGAAUUUUUCCUCAGUAAGGACAUCACACAUUUCAUAACUGACAAACAGCAUCCACAAGCAACUGUAUCCCGGACAAGUAGUCAGAAUCAAUCAAGUACCACUUUUUCGCCUCUAACAUCUGCGAAUCAGACUCCGCAGACACCGGCAUCUUUGGAUGUGCAAAGUGUCUCGUCACCAUCGUUACCCACUGUCCUAGAAUCCAGGACAAAUAGCAUAAAUAACAAACAAAUAUCGAGAGCGGAAGCAUUAUUGUUGCGUGCCAGACAAAGUCAGUUGCAAAACUCCCCGAAUACACCGCGAAACUCGAACACCGCGAACUCGUCUGCCGAAAAGACCCAGAGCCCCAUCCAAGUUGCGAGAGCGUGGGGUCGGCCCAUUUGGACGACAGAACAAACACUAAAGUUUUUGGAAAAAGUCUCGUCUGCCUUAAAAAUCUAUGCAUCUGGUGGCAAGACUGCCUCGACUGCACAAGAUAUCACGGGAAAUCGAAUAUUAGCUUCAAACGCAAAUACUGCUGCUGCUGCUGCUCAUCGUCACCACAAAUCGACAAAAGUCAAGUCGCUGCGCGGGGACUUUAUCAAAGUAGAGACACUCGAUAAGCGCUAUCGUCCCUUUUAUCAGGAGCUGAAAAAGUGGCCAAAGCUGAAUUUGCUGGCACGCCUAACGCACAGUCCCUUUGAGUCAACGACGGAGCUGGAUAAGACACGAGACUCGCAAAAGAGCAAAUUCAAAAAGUUCUCCAAGAUCGAUAGUCGGACAAAUACGACUAGUAAAUUUAAAACAGUGGGUACUAUAAUGACACGUAAAAGCCGGCCGACGCAACAACAAGAGACAGAGGCAGGCACAACAACCACAACUACAACCAACAACACAGUCGCUAGUCGCGUUAGCAAGAGUGGAAGUGACAAGCAUUGCGGAUACUGUGAAAUUUGUCACGUGGAAUACGACGUUCUCAAGGUGCAUUUGAAGAGUGAGGAACACUUGAAUUUUGCGAAAAACGACGACAACUUUGUGUCACUAGACAAACUCAUAGAAAGCGGUGCGAGUGUUCAAAAGCUCCUGAAGCUGAGUAAUGAAGUGAAAAAAGAAACGGUUCUCAAUGGAUUCAUAAAACGUGCUAACAACAAAAAUUCGUCGUAUAUGAAAAAUGGUGAACACCAAGAUUGUGAAACGAAUGGAAUAAAAAAUGGUAAUUCAGACGAGGAAAUGAUUGAGGAGCACGAAGAAGAUCCAUUGUCGUUAGAGUCACCACGUCCCAAGAGAAAAUGCAUGCAAUCACCAACACCCACAUUAACUAAGGGUGGCGGCAAGUCAAAGACGAGAGACUCGAAAGAUGCAGACGAUACGCCAGCAGCCAAAUCGAUUGAAUCCAAAAUUCAAGCAACACGUAUUCGAGGAUUGCGGUGGAAUGCACCGUCACCCGAUUCCCGGCCACCCAUCAAGGAGCCACCAGUUUAUAAAGUGACGCAGAACAAAACUCCCAAUUGCGUCUCAAAAAGUAGCACAAAAGCUACCAACGAUACCAACAAUACAGGAAAACAAGUUGUAGUCAAGCUAAAAAGAGUACGACAAUCAGAGCUUAAUCUAUUGAAUAAUGAGGCCGAGCAGUUCAUGUUUCCAAAGACACCGACUUUUAGUGAUAGCGAUACAGACGAUGACCGCCAAACGUCCGAAGUGAAUCGAACGAACAACACAACUAUCGAUUUGGCAUCCAGUGAGCGAGACGUUGCGAAGAAAUCUAGUACGAUCAAAUCCAAAAAUGCAAAAAGUGCAGCAAGUCAACAGCCGCCACAAUCGUCAAAAACGUCCAAAGAGAUCGCGUCACCGAGCUCAAAACGUGUCAAUAAGAGACUAGAAGCCUUGAUUGAGGAAAACGCCAAGUAUACGCACGAAUCCUUAGGUCGUCUGAGGUUUCAAGAGGCCCCCAUCCAGCCGCAAGUAACAGUUAGCACAGCCACACACUGGUUAUCGGAUGAUAGGAUGGGGGAUAAUUCGUUCUUGAAGAGUCCCGGUGGCUCUACUCAAUCGCGAUGGGCAAAUUUCCGCAAAAAGUACCAGGCUAUCGACGAGCCACACAAAUUCAACUUUGAACGUGUACCGCACAACGAGCCCUGGUACGUAACCUUCCAUCGGCAAGACGUGGGCUUCGAACGUGCCUACGAGUACUUUGGCAAUUCCACAUACAGUAAGUUGCCCUACGAACUUGGUCCACUGCCACCGGGCAAGGAAGAUUGCUGCAAACUCGAAGAGCUUAUUCCGCCAAAUCUCAAGGCACUAACGGGUUCCACGAAGAAACGCGGCAACUCGUGUCCUCGCAUGCCUUCCAUCGCCAAAGUGAAUGAUCGAACGAGAUCUUCGACGGCAGCCAUCAUCGAGGCAACAAAAGUCGUCGAUGCCAAUGACGACACAACUAAUGACAGUAUUAAGACCAAAUCGUAUUUGCCGCUGAAGAAACGGAAACUCUUUUUGGAUGAUGUGCCUCGGAAAUCGCCGCGAGAGCAUGCAUCGACACUGGCAAUCCUUAGCAGCUUAUCGAAGGAAGGCAGUAGCACGACGUCCAGCGUGUGUGGCGUAAAUCGCAGUGGAACGAAACGUGAACGCUUACCUAGUCAGCUGUCCCUGGAAGACGACGACGAGAACAGCAAUUGCACAAUGACGAGUCAGCAGACGAUCAAAACUGAAAAAGAUAAUUCCUCCGUAUGCAGUAUUACGAACACGAAUAGUAUAAAGCUAAACAAGUCUGUGAAUAUUGUCAAGUUGUGCAAGCAAGUAGACGAGAUGUUGGUCAGCGGCAGCAGAACAGACGAGGACGACAUGUUUGACAUCUGUUUGAAACCUUUCGCCGCAGACAAGUGUGAAACAAAAUCGCAAGAUGACUUUGUGCUAAUCAACUCAAACAGUGAUAUAGAUAUUAGUAAAGUAAUGGACAUUUGUUCGACGCAGGAACUCACGCUCAAGAGUGUUGCGUCGAAAGAGAAAGAGUUGCAACGAAAAAUUACCUACACAUCAAAACCAAAACUCGUCACAUCGGGCUUUAGAUUCAACAAGAAACGCCGAAGUAAUCGUACUGGUUGGCAAAAGAUCCGAAGAAAAUCCUCACAACCGCUUAAGGAGGAAGAGCAUCAGACCGAGGAAAAAAAUAAAAAUAUCACUGCAGACAAUUCCGACAGCAUGUCAGAUAGUUUGGACACGAAUAUUGCUGAUUUCGUGAAAAACGAUGUUACUGCUGCUGGUGCCAAAGAAGAUCCGAAGACUAAUGGUAUUCUACCGGAAAAUGACGAAUCUGAUGAGCAAGACGAAACGGCAGACGACGAUGAGCCGCCAACAAGACGGAAUCUAAAGUCUCCAACAAUGAAGCCUUCUCGGUCGACGAACAACGUGUUUUGUCGCGGCAUUGGCAAAUAUCAGUUUGAAAAAUAUCCAAAAGUCAAUCUCACACAAAUUUCCGUCUCAAAUAUGAAGACGAGAUCCUCCGAUUUGCAAAAACGGAAAAGCGUUACACCGAAAAAGUACACAGACUCUCAGAACGAGGCACUGCGAUCACCCGGAUCGAGUUCGUCACCACAAAAAUUUUCGCCUCGAAAACUGAGAAAACCACGGGGUCGUUGGUAUCGCGAAAGAUAGAAAUACUAGAAAAUAGGAAUUUAUUGUUUAUAUUUUGUCGGACAUCAGCACGAAAUGUGUUUUAUUGAUAAUAUUAUUUAAAUUUUCAUUUACAAAAAAAAAAUCAUAGUUUUAGACAGUAAAGUACUUAUUGUAAGCUCGUAACUGCGUAUUGAGUACUACUUAGACUGAAGUUUGUUAAGAACGUGUUCCCAUUUUUCAUAUUUUUUUAUUUUGUUAAAAUUUAAAUACGUAUAGGACAAUUAUAGAUUUUUAAAAUAUAUUAUUGUAAUUUAAAGGUAUUAAUAAUUUAUGCUAAUUUAUAUUUUAAUUUCCUGACGAAUAAACAGAUAUAUCUACAAUGCAUAAAUAUAUACUGAAUGAAUGUUCUCAAACUAAUUUUCUUAAAGUUGCUGUGUAAAUAAAUAAAUACCUAUAAAAAUAAGUAAA